AUGAUAUUAGUACUUUUGGGCAGUAAAAGUACAAAAGAAUGGCCAAGCCUCUUUGUUGUGAUUCCCAGAAUUUAUUCAAUCUCACAGAACAACCAAAAUCGCCACAGCGUCAUGUUUGGCAAAGGAAAAGGCAACAAGGUCGACUCUCGCCUCGAAGGCGUCAACAUCGAAGAGCAUGAUAAGAAGAUCGAAGAGGAAACCAUGCGACUCGUCGAAAUCCUCAACGAAGACGACGGCCAGGUCCCUAUCAAGAUUUUGCUCUCCGUCACUCUCGUUUUCCUUGCUUGCUGCACUCUCAUCCUGACCCCCUUCAUUAUCCGACAGUUCGACAACCUUUGCUACGAAGACAACACCACCCCCAACCAUCCCAUUGCUUUUGCCUUCGGUAAAUCUGAGCCCGUCUCGUUCCAAGAUGCGCAAACUUACUGCAAUGAUUGCUUGGGAUACGCAGCCACAGCUGAAGGUGCUUGUGGCGGCGUUGCUGGCGCAACUGGACGACUUGCUAACAUGAACACCACGGAUGUCGACGCUAUGAACGAGCUUAUCGUCGAGGUGAUGCGACCUCUUUACGACGAGAAAUUCUGGGUCGCCCCACAUGACAUUAAUGGCGCGCUGCAGUACAUCCAAAUUCCUGAAUCCACUUCUUUCGAUAUGGACCCAGAAGUUAAAAUAGAAGAGAACGCUGAAGCCACACACCAGGUCAUCUGCGUCUACGAAAAACUUACUUGCGACCAAGAACGACAGCAGCGUGGUUACACUCGAAUCUUGGUCCAGUAA